AUGACUAAUGCAGGCGAGGUGGCACUCAAGGAUGUGGUCGAUGUAGUGGUGCACAUGGCACCGGUGACUCAGCCGCUGGACAGUCCAGUCAGCGUGGCAGUGUCAGGACCUGGGCGCAAGGUGCCUGAUGCCAAGGACUCUCAGUGGGCCAGGGACAGGCAGCCCUUGGAGGCCCAGCUGCCGGCAGGCGCCAGUGAGGGGCUGCUGUGCACCGAUGAUGGCGCUGUGCUGGAGUCCUUUGUCAGCAACUUCUUCGUUAGGGCCUUCUGGAGGGAAUAA